CACCUUUUCCUCCUACGCUGCAUCUACUCACGCGACUCCCAUCUACUGUUCAACUUCAUUUACGUCGUCUCUUCUCUCUCUGCACUGACGGAGGAACAGUGGCAAGAUGGCUACAGCGGCAGCUUCACCCAGCUCGGCCUCUGGUCCCACCUUCUGCGUGCGGUGCGGCGAUCGAAUUCCUGCUACUCGGGCGCGAUGCUCGCGCUGCUUUGGUUUGGGGAUGGCACCAAAGGUCAAGGCUAGCGUUGGAAGGAAUGAAGGCACGAAAGCAAAGGACCCUUGGGUGUCAAGGUAUCUGGCUGGUAUUGGCGCCGGUUCCCCCACAGAGGAAGAUGGGCCUUCCUCCCCUCACACGGAAGACUCUCGCCCGCUGCGACCUUUUCCCACGUCUGGCAAUGCACCCUCAGUCGGGCUAGGCAUGCCCUCCUCCAUCUCACGGGACCUGCGCACCUCCAAGCCCACUCCCCCGCCCGCCAACCUACAACGCCCGCAAAUAUCACAGCAGCGCAGCCUCUCUAGCGGCAUCCACGUUCCGGCUCAUCUCCCACACACGCCCGCCUCACCGGUCGUCCCCAACUCAUCCGGUGGGCUAAGCAAAGUCGUUGGGUCCCUUGUUGAGCCUGCUGCAAGCCGGAACAAGUGGGCGUGCGGGCAGUGCGGCGAAGUCUUUGCGAGGGAUUCGACAAUCUACGUUCCGCCAGCAAGUGCUGUUCAGUGCGGCGCACAGGGUGGACAAGAGAGCUUCUUCUGCAAGGCGUGCUACACGGCCAAGUACUCACUUGGAGAAUGCAGCGCCUGUUGCAAAGCCGUGCUCGGGUCAACCAAGGAGACGGGCGUCUACGUGAAAGGAGUAGGAGGAUCCAUCUUUCAUGGCCAUUGCUUCAGGUGCUUUGGCUGCGAUGCUGGCGCAGGCGCCAAGCAGGGAGGCAAAGACGUCAUGCUCGACCUGAACGGCAAUCCAAGCUGUGAGGAUUGCUUUGGCAAGAUUCCGAAGGGGGCGAGGCCAAAGAGAAGCAGGGAGGAGACACCUGGCGCGACUGGUAGCAAUGCGUCAUCAGUCAGGGACAAACAGAAGGCUGCACAUGAGAAGAUGGAUCCGACAAUUGCGGAGAUGGCGAAUCGAUUUGGGACCCCAUUAUCGGGUGGGCCGAGGAGCAGGAGUGCCAGUCCAGUCAAGAGCAACGACGACGACGUUGAUAGCAAAGCCCAAAGGGAGAUCAAGGCACAGGCAAGGCAGCGUGAGACACAGCCUGCGGUCAACGUCGACGACAUGCAGUGCGCCUCAUGCGGGAAGGGCGCUUUCGACGGCCCAUCCUCCUCCUCCUCCUCCUCCUCUUCGCCUUGUGGCCAGCGUGAAGUCUCCCUCAUCACUCUCCCCACCUCUCACCAGCUACACGCCGAAUGCUUCACUUGCGCAGUCUGCCAUCAGGUCAUUGACGCAGCGAAGAGCUUUGUACGCAUGCCCAGCACCACUCUUGAAGGCGAGCAAGACGACGGCAAGCUACCAGCAUGGGCUCAUCCAUCAUGUGCUCCCCCUCCAGCAAAGGUGGAUUGGACCAGUCGAUCCCGCUCGCCGGCUGUAGCAGGCGAAUUGGGCGCACGUCUCCCUUCAUCCACUAGCGUAAGCUCUCUCAGGCGCUCACAUGCAACACAGCAGCUGCUGCCGAGGCCGAGCAGCUUGUCGUCCACUCCGGAGUCAUCUCACGACGCCAUCGUCGGCGCUGCAACUGCGCAGCGGAAAAGUCGCGAGCCGGUCGCCGUACAUUCGUUCAUUCAUCGAACUGCGGCUCCGGCGGCAGCGACUACUCCUACGACGUCCGCGGAGAAGGUCGCCAGCCCAUCCUCGCCCAACUUGGGUCGCACUCUCUCCCGUCGUCCUCCCUCGCCGCAACGCACCUCCCCUUCUCUUCGCCAGUUCAAGUCGUCAACAGGGGCAGCUCCUCCCACCCGUAGCACGCUCAAUGUGCACCGCCCUGGUGGCGGGUCAGGUGGGGUCAACCCAGCACGAGGCUUCUUCGCUAGCGGUUCCAGCAGCGGGUCGCCCUCCUCGUCGUCCCCCUUCAGCAGGGCGCCAGGUUCCGCAAUCUCGCCUCCUGCAUCGCCAUCACGCUCAGCGCUAUCCUCCGGCACCCUUCCCACCACGGCCAACGCCGCUCCAGCGAGCAGGUACGGCGGCAUGCUCACCUGCGCCGGGUGCUCAGGUCGUCUUACCUCACUCGAGUCCGUACCCGGACCGGCAGGGAGCGCGUGGCAUCGCAAAUGCUUGGUCUGCACCGCAGCCGUGCCUGCGGUGGUCAAGAGGUACUCCGUGUCAAGCAGCAGCGGGGCAGGCGUGUGCGGCAAACAGUUGGAUAGCUUUGCGAAGGUUAGGGAGGAUGGUGAGGUUAGGUGCGUGGGGUGCUUUAGAGAGGGGAGGUAGAGUGGGGUGAUGGGUGUGAACUUCCUUGCGCAUUGUGACUUUUCGACUCUGACUCUGUAUCGCUCGCCAUGACUUGCGUUUCCUGUACGACCCUUAGACCCCUGUCUCUGACCCUCCGAUACUGAAGUGUCGUCGAGGCUCACUCUUUCUCAUCCGUCGCACUUGCACCACUUCGAAUACAAUCGCGUCAACU